CGCCUCCAAGCACUGUUCACAACUCAACCUCACGAUGCAGUCGCUGCCGGAUGCACGCCAGCAGUCUUUCGAGGAGCUCUACGGCCCGCCCGAGAACUUCCUCGAAAUAGAGGUCCGCAACCCCAUGACCCACGGCGUCGGCCGGGGCAUGUAUACCACUUACGAGAUUGUUAUGCGCACGAACAUCCCGGCCUUCAAGCUCAAGUCUUCCUCCGUCCGCCGUCGAUAUAGCGAGUUCGAGGCGUUUCGAGAUAUCCUAGAGCGCGAAUCGGCGCGCGUGACGAUACCGCCGCUGCCUGGCAAAGUCCUUACAAAUAGGUUUUCGGACGAUGUAAUAGAGCAUCGGAGGGAGGGGCUGCAGCGCUUCUUGCAGAUCGUGGUGGGCCAUCCGCUGCUACAGACGGGUAGCAAGGUGCUGGCGGCGUUUGUACAAGAUCCGAACUGGGACCGCCACGCGUGGUAACCAUCGCCCGCGGACAUACUCUCUGCCAAACUCAAUCCACGCGUCAAGCCGAAGCAUCACGCGAUAUCACGAGAUCACGAGUAACGCCUCGGAGGAGGAGGUAGUCCGCGUUUGAGGCAUUUCCUUUUCGCCAGGAGGCAUAGCGGUGCGUUCAGGAGCAAUUUGGUGUUUCUGUUGGUCUGCUCACCGAGGGACCUUUCUCCUUGAUAUUUGUUCGUAGCUUUAACCUGUCCAUACUUCCACGGAGCUUCAAUCUUACCACGAACUUGGCAUGCCUUUCACGUUCCGACACAUUACUUGAUAUCAACGCUGUUCUGCGAUUUCCCUCACGGUUUCGCCUGUGCGACCUUACAUCCAGUGAAUCAGUAAGCUAAGAUAACAAAAGUAAUACCGAUCACACGAUGAGUUACGAACUGCGGACUGUGUUGCACCCAAUGCCCGUCCACCUUGCGACCAUGAGCAAUCCACUUUCUAGAAAAUUUUGUCAUUCUAACGGAG